AUGACGAUUGAUUCUUACAUGCUAUCAAUCUCAGAUACACCAAGCAGUGAGGCUCAAAACCUUUCCUGCCACAUGCACUCUGGCAGAUACCAAUCGCUCACUGGGUGCCUUGCUACUCUGCUCUACAAGGUGUUCAUGGAUCAACUAUCUCGGAAUAUCUCGGUGUCUUCCCGCCCCAAUGCUACCGGAAAGCAGCCUCGGAACGGCUGUGAUUCUGGACACCCACAAGACGGAGGAGAUUCCACCCAAGUAGCAAAUGGGGAAGCACCCAAUGGGUCUUCAGUGUCUCGAGAAAGCGCGAUAUCUAGUUCCGAGGCUCCUGCUUCACAGCCGCUUAAAAGAACCCGUGAAAGCGACAGCAACGAAGACGACACCCCUGACGGCAGACGACCCCGGCGAACUAAGGUCCAACUAGGGGAGCUACUCAACUCGCCGAAGUUGCUCGCCUGUCCAUUUUGGAAGCUUGAUUGUCAGAAGCACCGAAAAUGCUUCAAGAGUGAACUACAUACGGUUAGCCGAGUUAAACAGCAUCUUUCUCGAAGACACAGGCCGACGUUCUACUGCGAUCGUUGCAUGGUAAUCUUUCCCGACAAGACCAGCCACAACCGCCAUCUGACGCAGGUAUGUAUCCUGGAUCCGAAUGCCUCCCUGGACGGAAUUAGCCAUCUCCAACAGUGGGAGCUGUCGAGGCGAUCAAACCGAAGUCUCAGUGAACAGGAACAAUGGUUCGCAAUUUGGGACAUUCUAUUCCCCAAUCAGACCAGGCCCAUGUCAGCCUAUAUGGACCAUCGCUUGUCCGAAGCAAUCUGCCAGUUUCAUGAGUUUACGCAGCGUCAAGGCCGCGUCAUAGCGACAAGGGACCUUCAGAAAAGUGGUGUUCUACGCGAUAUCUCAACUUCUGACAGCAAGAACCAUCAAAGCUCAAACGACACAGCAAGCGCAGUUACUGAAGCAGUCGUUCAGUGUGCCUUGGGUCGUGCUCUCGACCUGAUAUUCGAAGACUGGCUGGCGGACGCACCGGUUGAGGCGUUGCAGAGGUCGGAACUGUCAUCAACAGAGCCCAACGGAUUAGAGGUCCCAAACCUCGUAGCUUCCUCCAGCUCCGUGGCUGAUAGUAGUGUGACACUGGUGAACAACCACACACAACUGACCCAACCCGAACAACCGGCACGCAGCCCCCAUGUUGCGCCCUUGCAAGAUGACGCCCCGGUCUUCCUUGAUGCCAAAGGUCUUUUGUCGGAAGGCGCUCUUGUUGUUGCAAGCAAUGCUAGUCUAAGCCAAGGGUUUCCAGAGCCGACAAUGAUCAAUCACACUCAACCCCUAGACAACACAAGGGCAUGA